AUGUCGAUUUUUUAUGCUGGGAUUGCUCGAGGACAAGAUAUUCUUGCUGAGUAUAAUGUUGAUGGAACGGAUAUGAAUGAUCUUGUUUCUUUGAUACUUGAAAAAGCAGUGCUAAAUGAAGAGACAAAACUUACAUAUGUUUAUAAAAUGUAUAUGAUUCAUUAUAUUUAUACACCAGUGGACUCGGUUGGUGGUUUGACGUAUUUAUGUAUUACAUCCGAUCAGAUUGAACGAAGGGUUCCCUUUGCGUUGUUAUAUGAGAUUAAGCGUGAAUUUGCUAAAUAUUUUUCUUUACAUGAUAUGAUUGAGCUUCCUGUGUCGAGUUUUGUAGGAUUUAGUCGAGAAAUUGCUGAAAAAAUAUCUAUGAUGGGUCGUGAUGAUGGGAUGUUAAUGACGGAUAUGGUGCGUGUUGUUCAAAAAGAGAUGGAACAGGUUAAAUCAGCUAUGACUGAAAAUAUUGAAAAAGUUCUUGAACGUGGAGAACGUAUUGAGUUGUUAGUAAAUAGAACACAAAAUAUGAAUGAAACGGCAUUUUCUUUUUCUAAAAGGUCUUCUUAUUUGAGGCGGCGUAUAUGGUGGGAAUCGGUAAAAAUGACAGUCAUUUUCUGUUUUGUUGCUUUGUUUUUAUUAUAUUUAUUGAUUGGGUUUGGUUGUGGAUUUCCAGGUAAUGAAAUUAAUGAAUUUUUUUUGCUUAUUUCUGUUAGCAUGGCAGAGUUGUCGUUAAUUAGAAAAAAAUGA